GCACUUCGCAAGGCCAUGAAGGGCUUUGGAACGGACGAGCAAGUCAUUAUCGACAUCCUCUGCUCGCGAUGCAACAAGCAACGUCAGGUCAUCGCCGAAACGUUCAAAAACGAACUGGGUCGAGAUCUGAUCAAGGAUCUGAAAUCGGAACUGGGCGGUAAGUUCGAGGAUGUAAUCCUCGGUCUGAUGUUACCGCCGGUGAACUAUCUCUGCAAGCAGCUGUUCAAAGCCAUGGAUGGCAUCGGUACCAACGAGCGUGCCCUUAUCGAGAUUCUCUGCUCGCAAAACAACGAACAAAUGCAUCACAUUGCACGAGUCUAUGAGGAUAUGUUCAAUCGUCCACUGGCGGAGCAUGUUUGUACGGAAACAUCCGGUGAUUUCCGUCGGCUGCUCACACUAAUUAUUACCGGUACACGCAACCCUCCAGGAACCGUAGAUCCAGAUCUUGCCGUACAGCAAGCCAAACAGCUGUACGAAGCCGGUGAGGGAAAAUGGGGCACUGAUGAGUCCGUUUUCCCCAAGAUUAUGGCCCACUCGAGUUUCGACCAGCUGAAAUGUGUGUUCGAUGAGUACAAGAAGAUGACCGGACGCACCAUCGAACAGGCCUUAAAGGCCGAGUUGAGCGGUGACCUGUAUAAUGCUCUCAGUGCGAUAGUCGAAUGCGUCCAGAUGCCAACACAUUUCUUCGCGACGCGAUUGUUCAAAGCCAUGGACGGAUUGGGUACGGACGAUACCACGCUGAUUCGGAUUAUCGUGUCGCGAUCGGAAAUUGACUUGCAGGACAUCAAGGUCGAGUACGAAAAAAUGUAUAAUAAAACACUUUUGAGUGCAGUUACGAGCGAAACUUCUGGCGAUUACAAGAAAGCGCUAUGUGCAUUGAUUGGAAGUGCUUAAAGUCGAUGAAUGCAA